AUGCAGACCCUGCCAGGAGAGGAGGAGAUACAAGAUUUUCUGUCCUGCCAGCUCAACACUUCCUGCCAGACGCAGGUUCGCUCCAGGAACGAGUCUGCCCUCGUCUACACUGCCCUCUCCUUUGUGUCUCUGCUGACGGUGCUGCUCAACAUGCUGGUCCUCAUCUCAAUCUCGCACUUCAGGCAGCUCCACACCCCCACCAACGUCCUGAUCUUCUCCCUGGCCCUGGCCGACCUCCUGGUGGGAGCACAGAUGAUCCCUAUGGAAAUGAUCACCAGAUCCAACCCCUGCUGGUACCUGGGCAGGCUGAUGUGCUAUCUGGUCCCCUAUGCCAGCGGCAUCUUUACCUGCUCAUCGAUAUGGAACCUGGCUCUCAUAUCUGUCGACCGCUACAUCGCCGUGUGUGAACCACUCCUGUAUCCCUCCAGGGUCACCAUGAGGAGAACUAUUUUGUUUAGUGUCCUGAACUGGAUUUGUUCUAUAAUUUACAGCGGAUGUAUAAUGAUGGACCACAUGCGUAACGUACAUGUAUUUGAUAGCUGUACUGGACUGUGUGUGGUAAUAUUUUUACCCUACUCUGGUAUUGUCGACCUCCUUGUCUCUUUUCUCUGCCCUUGCUGUGUCAUAGUUGUUCUCUAUAUAAAAAUAUUCACUGUUGCAAUCUCCCAGGCCAGGAGCAUCAAGUCAAACUCAUUGAGCAUUGAGUCAGACUUGAUGAAGACCAGUAAAUCAGAGAAAAAAGCUGCAAAAACUCUCAGCACAGUUAUAGUAGUUUAUCUGCUUUGCUUUGCUCCAUACUAUUGUUCAUCUUUGUCUGACAAUUGGUCCUCACAGAUUGUUACAAUGUGGAUUUAUGAGAUGAACUCCUGUCUCAACCCUCUGAUCUAUGCUUUCUUUUACCCGUGGUUUAAAAAGUCUGUGAAAUGCAUCAUAACCCUGAAGAUACUGCAGCCCUUCUCCUCUGAACUCAGCCUGAUGUAGUGUCUAUUUUACAUCGUCCACCUUCUUACUGUGUCUCAGAGGGAGUCAGGGUUUUAAUGGUUUGUUCAAUGAUGACAUGAGAAUGGCCUGAGUUACUAUUACUGCUCAAUGUACUGUAUGACUGUGCUUCAACCGUCCAUUUUAGAUAUAUUACGGUAAUCAUGGGAUAUUUAUCAUAUUUGACUAUUUGUAUUAAUUCAAUUCCUGCUGAGUCUGUACAGGGUGACUGUGCUAGUCUGCAUCUUGCUGCUUGUUCAG